AUGUCCGGACGCGGGAAGCAGGGCGGGAAGGCGCGCGCCAAGGCCAAGACGCGCUCGUCGCGGGCGGGUCUGCAGUUCCCGGUGGGCCGCGUGCACCGCCUGCUCCGCAAGGGCAACUACUCGGAGCGCGUCGGGGCCGGCGCGCCCGUGUACCUGGCGGCCGUGCUCGAGUACCUGACGGCCGAGAUUCUGGAGCUGGCGGGCAACGCGGCGCGCGACAACAAGAAGACGCGCAUCAUCCCGCGCCACCUGCAGCUGGCCAUCCGCAACGACGAGGAGCUCAACAAGCUGCUGGGCCGCGUCACCAUCGCGCAGGGCGGCGUGCUGCCCAACAUCCAGGCCGUGCUGCUGCCCAAGAAGACCGAGAGCCACCACAAGGCCAAGGGCAAUAACAGGCAAAUCCAUUAAAGUAAAUGGGAAAGCUGCUUUCACAGAUAAUGUGCUCCAGGAACAACCCAGACCUGCUGGAAGGACUCCAGGGUUUCCAGUUUCCAGCAGUCCUCGAACACACGUGCUGUUUCCAUGACAUGGGACUCUGCCGGGUUUCCGAGGCGUUCUUCCGCACUCCCCAAUUCAAACUCCU